UAACCCACUUAAUUUUAUUUUUUACAUUUUCCCCGCCAUUUGUAAUUUGUGUAAUCUCCAUUAUUUUCUCUCUCUACCUCUCACUUUCUCUCUCUAGGGCUUAUUCUUUCAAAAUUUCCCAAUUUCUUCAACCUCUCUCUCUUUCUCUCUCCUCUCAAGCCCUAAUUUUCCAGAAAUUGAAAUUCCAAUUUCACUGAAUUUCAUCAAUUGAUGAUCAAAUUCCAACCAAAUUUCACUUCAAUUGCUAUAAUUCAUUGAAAAAUGAGCACCAAUUUCAGCGAUUGGACUCAAAGAGGCGUCACUCUCUCCAACACUCUACACUCCGAGGUUGCGCCUUGCUUACCUCUGCCGUCUCUUCCGCCGUUUUGCGGUGCUUCCGACGAGCAGCUUCGGCUAUUCGAUGAUCACCUCUCUCGCCCGCUAAACCGCCGUGAUAUCCUUGCUCAAGCUCCGAAAAUCGCCGAUCUCUUGCUUCAUACUGACGUCUCUUACUUGAAUCUUAAAAAUGAUGCGAGUUCAGGUUCUGGUUCUACAAUGGCGCCUAUGGAUCUUUGCGAGGAGGUUUUACGAUGCAAUCGUGACGCCUUCGAGUGUACACUUCCAGGUCCUCUUGAAGAGCGAAUCUCUAAUGUGGAGUCUGAUCGCAACAUUCAUGAGAAGAAUGAGCAUGUAUCCUGUCAAGUUGAUGGAGUCCAUGAAGAAAGACACAUGGACCGUCAUGCUCAUGUUGUUGAUGAUACACCUUCAUCAUCUAAAAAAACAAGAGCUAAGAAGAAAGGAACCCAGGGAGUGUCAUCAUCUGCUUUGCCAGAUUUCAGUGAACAAAGAGAUGCUAUGAUCGGGCGAUUCUGUGAUUUUUUGGAGGACUUUUGUAGUAGGGCUGAGAUUCCUGGUGAAGAGCGAGAUGAAUCGGAGUGGUUAAUGUUACCCACCUCUGACAUUCGUAUGGUAGUGAAGGAGAUAUUGUCUAUCAGAGAAGAAAAAUUGGUACAUCGAGUUCCUGUUGAUUUUCUUGUGAGACUAUUAACGGUUUUAGACCAUCAGAUUCAUCGCGCUGAAGGCCUAUCAAUUGAUGAAUGUCAAAAUUCAGAUUCUGAUGUUUCAUCGAUUCUCUGUGCUUUGGAGUCUAUUCAUGCUGCUCUGGCUGUAAUGGCUUUUAAUGACAUGCCAAAGCAACUAUAUAAGGAAGAGAUUAUUGAGAGAAUUCUUGAGUUCACCAGACGUCAGGUCAUGGACGUGAUAUCAGCUUAUGAUCCAUCAUAUCGCGCUUUGCAUAGACCUGGUGAUAACAGAGUUGCUGAAGGGGAAGAUGAUCCAGAUAUCGAGGCUGAGUUUGGUUCUGCAAGCAAAAAACGGCGUAUAACUAAGAGUAUAAAAGUAAAAAGAACUGUGGCUAACAGGAUUCCAGCUGCUGUGAACACUGUGUUUCAAAAGCUUUGUACUAUCCUUGGUCUUCUAAAGGACCUCUUGCUAGUUGAACGCCUCUCAGACAGCUGUAUCUUGCAGCUUGUGAAAACGUGUUUGUCAACAUUUUUGGUUGACAAUAUUCAACUCUUGCAAAUGAAGGCUAUGAGCCUGAUCAGUGGGGUAUUCUAUUCAUACACUCAGCAUAGGAGCUAUGUUGUUGAUGAAGUUAUUCAACUUCUAUGGAAGCUUCCAUUCUCAAAAAGAGCUGCCAGAGCAUAUCAUUUACCUGAUGAAGAGCAGAAGCAGAUUCAAAUGAUUACUGCUUUACUGCUUCAGUUAGUUCUCCAUAGUGCUAAUCUUCCUGAAGCCUUGAGGCAAACAUCAAGUAUCAGUGCCAUCUUUGAAACUACUAUUGAAACAAACUACCUGGUUCAAUGCAAUGAGGCAGCCACAGAGGCAUGCGUUUCAUUUUGGACUCAUGUACUUGAGCGACUUACAAGUAAAAGUCAAGAGGCAUCCGAAGUGAAGGUGAUAAUGGAGAAUAUUGUGGUUGAUCUGCUAACUACAUUGAAUCUGCCAGAGUACCCUGCUGCUUCCCUCAUUUUAGAAGUUCUCUGUGUCUUGUUGCUUCAGAAUGCUGGUCCAAAAUCAAAAGAUAUUUCUAUACGCUCAUUGGCGAUUGAUAUUCUUGGUACAAUUGCUGCACGGUUAAAGCAUGAGUCUGUUCUUUGCCAUAGUGAUAACAAUUGGAUAGUUCAGGAGCUGUUAGGUAGGGAAAGUAUAAAUGAGAAUGAACAGACAGGUACUUGCUCUGUUUGCUUAGAUGGAGUAGUCGAAAAAGCUCUAGUGAUAUGUCAAGGCUGUCAGAGACCAUUUCAUCCUGAUUGUGUGGGGGUCAGAGAACAUGACAUCUCUACGCGUGGUUGGCAGUGCCCUUGCUGUCUCUGUAAAAAGCAACUUAUAGUGUUACAAUCAUACUGCAAAUCUCAGAUCAAGGAUGAUAGCAAAAACAAUCAUAAUAGAUCAGAAAAUUUGCCUGAUGAGUCUGCUUCAAAGAUGGAGAUUGUUCAACAGAUGCUUCUUAAUUACCUUGAAGAAAUGGGCUCAUCUGAUGAUCUUCAUCUUUUUGCUCGUUGGUUGUAUCUCUGCCUCUGGUACAAAGAUGAUCCAAAAAAUCAGCAGCAGUUCAGCUAUCGCCUUGCCAGAUUGAAAUCCAAAGCAGUUAUUCGUGAUUCAGGGGCCUUGUCAUCGACGUUAACCAGAGAUUCCAUUAAAAAGAUAACUUUGUGUCUUGGACAGAAUAAUUCAUUUUCCAGAGGAUUUGAUACUAUUCUUGGCAUGCUUUUGGUUAGUCUACGAGACAAUUCACCUGUAAUUAGGGCUAAGGCAUUGCGUGCUGUUAGUAUAAUUGUAGAGGCCGAUCCUGAUGUCUUGCGUGAUAAGCGUGUUCAACUUGCCGUUGAAGGAAGGUUCUGUGAUUCUGCAAUAUCUGUUAGAGAGGCUGCUUUGGAACUUGUUGGAAGGCAUAUCGCAUCUCAUCCAGAUGUUGGGUUGCAAUAUUUUGAAAAGGUUGCGGAGAGAAUUAAGGAUACUGGGGUAAGUGUUCGGAAACGGGCGAUCAAAAUAAUCCGAGAUAUGUGUACAUCAAAUGUUGAGUUUGUGGAAUCUGCACCUGCUUGCAUUGAGAUCAUUUCCCGUAUAAGUGAUGAAGAAUCAAGUAUUCAGGAUCUUGUGUGCAAAACAUUUUAUGAAUUCUGGUUUGAAGAACCUGCUGGGAGACAGUACUUUGGAGAUGAUAGUUCUGUGCCGUUAGAGGUGGCUAGAAAGACUGAACAGAUAGUUGACAUGUUAAGGAAGAUGCCUAAUCAUCAACCCCUUGUCACUAUUAUCAAACGCAAUUUGGCUCUUGAUUUUUUGCCUCAGUCGAAGGGAACCGGGGCUAAUCCUGUAUUACUGGCGACAGUGCACAAGCGUUGUGAAAUGAUGUGCAAAUUUUCACUUGAAAGAAUUUUACAGGUAGAGGAAAUGAACUCUGAAGAAGGGGAGUUGCGGAUACUUCCUUAUGUGACGGUUUUGCAUGCCUUUUGUGUCGUGGAUCCGUCACUCUGUGCACCUGCCUCCAAUCCUUCCCAGUUUGUUGUCACACUGCAGCCAUAUCUUAAGAAUCAGGUUGAUAAUCGAGUUAUGGCCCAGCUUUUGGAAAGUGUUAUAUUUAUAAUUGAUGCUGUUCUUCCUUUACUGCGUAAGUUGCCUCAAAGUGUUGUUGAAGAACUCGAGCAGGAUCUGAAGCAGAUGAUUGUUCGUCAUUCCUUUUUGACUGUUGUACAUGCUUGCAUCAAGUGUCUUUGCUCUUUGAAUAAAAUUGCUGGUGGAAAGGGAGCUAGGUUAAUUCAGUUUCUGAUUCAGGUGUUCGAAAAGCGUUUGGAUGCUCUUGGUGUUGAUAACAAACAGCAGGUUGGCAGGUCACUGUUUUGUCUUGGGCUUCUGAUUCGCUAUGGUAGCACCCUGUUAAGGGAAUCUACUGAAGGUGUCGAUGUUGGUAGCAGUAUCAGUUUAUUUAAGAAGUAUCUUCUAGCUGAUGAUUUUGGUAUAAAGGUCAGAGCUCUGCAGGCACUGGGAUUUAUUUUGAUUGCUAGACCUGAAUGCAUGUUGGAGAAGGAUACUGGAAAAAUUUUAUCUGCAACGCUGUCUUCCAGCUGUGAUGCUCGUCUGAAGCUGCAAGCUCUGCAGAAUAUGUAUGAUUAUCUCCUUGAUGCUGAAAGUCAGUUGGGCUCAGAUACAGUUGAAGAUAAUGUGGUUGACUGCUCCCACGAUGGUGGUUCUGUGGUGCCUGUUGCUGCAGGUGCUGGUGAUACAAACAUUUGUGGUGGAAUAGUGCAACUUUAUUGGAACCAUAUCUUGGAAAGAUGCUUGGACACAAAUGACCAAAUUCGCCAAUCUGGCCUGAAGAUCGUGGAAGUUGCUCUGCGCCAAGGUCUUGUACACCCAAUUACUUGUGUUCCGUACCUCAUUGCUCUGGAAACAGAUCCUUUGGAGGUGAACUCAAAGUUGGCACACCAUCUGCUAAUGAAUAUGAAUGAGAAGUAUCCAGCUUUCUUUGAGAGCCGCCUUGGUGAUGGACUGCAGUUGUCAUUUAAUUUUAUACGAUCAAUGAAUGAGAAUUCUGUAAAUCCAAGUUCUAAAAUCCACUUCAAUGUUGCUGAAAACAAGGGAAAACAUGAGGAUGCAUCGUUUGCAAAUGCGAGAAUAGGAGUUUCUCGUAUAUACAAGCUUAUACGGGGAAACCGUGUUUCUAGAAAUAAGUUCAUGUCUUCAGUUAUUCGCAAGUUUGAUAAUCCAAGCUGGAGUGAAACAGUUGUCUCUUUCUUGAUGUACUGUACGGAAAUCCUUGCUUUGCUCCCUUUCACAACCCCUGAUGAGCCCCUUUACUUGAUUUACACCAUAAACAGAGUGAUUCAAGUUAGAUCUGGGACACUGGAAGCAGGUCUAAAAGCUUUCAGUUCCCAUUUCUCCCAGCGAAGUUCGCAAAAGGUCCUGACAGAAAAUGGGAGUGUUUUGCAAGAGUUACCUUUUGGGUCUCUCUUGGCAUCUUCUGUAUCUUUUGAGUUAAAUGGACAAGUUGAGGUUCCUGAAGAUGGGCAUUUUCAUUCUACGGUGAAUGAAGAAACUGUGCACACAAGACCUGCUGGACCUUGUGUCCUUGCAGAAGAUGAUCAGCAGAGAAUACAGGCUGUCUGUCUUGCAGCUACGGCACUUCAGCUUCUCUUAAAGUUGAAGAGGCACUUGAAGAUUAUGUACAAUUUGGAUGAUGUUCGAUGCCAAGCAUUUUCACCUGCCGAUCCUCCCAAAUCUGGAGAGGUCCUUUCCAGACAGAAUAUUCCUUUUAGCAUUGGUGUCAUAAACGUUGAUAUGCCUUCGACGUCUGAAGAGUUGACCCAGAGAUAUCAGGAAUUCAAGAAUGCACUGAGGGAAGAUACUGUUGACUACUCAGCCUACACAGCAAACAUUAAAAGGAAACGCCCAACCUCCAAAAGAGGAGGUAAAGCAAGCCGAAUGAUAAGUAGGGAGGAUGAAGAUGAAGAUGAUAAUGAAGAUUGGACUGGAGGGCGGAGGAAUCAAAGUGGCCGACAAAGCAAUGGUGUAAGAGCAAGCAGGCGGUUGUAGUUUGUACAUAGCAGGUUAGGCUAACUUGUACAGUUUUGUAGCACAGAUGCAAAGAAAACAUACACAAGAACGAAUGAGAGUUAGAUUUGCAGAAACAGAGGUCCAGACUCAAAGACCAUAAAUCAUAUUGGCUCUGAAAAGACUUUGGCUUUCAGCUGCUGCUCCAGUCUUGUAACUUGGUUAUCAAUUAUACCUGGGUAUAGUGCUUGGUAGGAAUUCGCCUCACAUUGGCCCCAGGCUUUGUUUGUUGCUAUUUGAUGUGGAUAGGCCAGGCUUUCCCCUAUUUUUUUGUACCUUGGGGUUUGCUUUCCUAUUUAUGUUGGGCGGUAAUUGUAAAGAAUAUGAAACUUCAUUUAAUGGAAUGUAAAUACUAGCUUCCGUUCGUUUUCAAGCAAUCAAUUGCUCUGCCUAUCUUUGGUGUAGGUGUAGUUUUUCCUAUUUA